AUGUGUUUCGGAAGUAAGAAAGAAGAGAACGACGAGCCAGCGCCCCGUCCGGUGCAGAGGCCAGCAUCAUCUCAAAGCCAAGGCGAUGUGAAGAAGAGCAAAUACAAUCCUCAGAACGAUCCCAACCAAUUCGCGGGAGAGUCUAGUUAUUCAGCGCCUCCAGGACCGCCUCCUGACAGAAAACAGGCCUCAGACUUUGCGCCACCGCCAGGACCACCGCCAGGACAUGGAUCAUCGUCGCAACAAUAUGAUGCUCCUCCAGGCCCUCCUCCAGGCCAAGGUGCGGCGCCAGAAUAUGCGCCUCCUUCUGGACCUCCGCCCAAACAUGAUUGGGAGGUAGCAGUCCCAGAUACAUCACUAUUCCCGCCGCCUCCUGCCAUAUUUAGCGGCUACGACAGAUCCCCUACAAGCAAUGCUACCGAGGAUGAGGCUAAUGCCGGCGAGGAUUGGUGUCUGUCGUACCCCAUGACUGCUCCCAUCCAUCUGGAUCAUACUGGAAAGGCAGCUCUUCAGGCGGGCAACAUUCGCCUCAUGGAGCCAGUAGGCUUCAAUGGUCAACUCACCUGGUUACAGCCUGGACACUGGCAGGGCUGGACAAAGAAGAACUCACCGGAUCGUUGUGUCAUCGGUUACCCACCGCUCUACUCGGUCACUGAGCAUGACCCUAUACGCCUCGGCCAGCCAAGAACCAUCUACUACGAAGUCAAGCUGGCGCGUGACAGCCCCGAGGUAUUCCUCGGUCUUGGCUUCACCGCCCUACCAUAUCCUUCAUUCCGCAUGCCAGGCUGGCACCGCGGCAGUUUGGCAGUGCAUGGCGACGACGGACACAAGUACGUCAACGAUCGCUGGGGUGGUCGUGACUUUACUCAGCCCUUUCAACGUGGUGACACGUACGGUAUUGGCAUGACUCUGCGGCCCAUCGGUGGACCGAAGCCGCAGGUUGAUAUCUUCUUCACCCGCAACGGUACAAUGACGGGUGGAUGGGCGCUUCAUGAGGAGACUGAUGCUGAGCAAGAUCUGCCUGUCACAGGCCUGGAAGGAUUCCACGACUUGAGCUGUGCCAUCGGAACAUAUGACUGUGUCAAAUUUGAGGUUAUGUUCGAGCCAUCCAAAUGGAUGUAUAACCCUUAUCAGGUGUAG